UUUUUUUUCUUUAAGAUGUCUGAGACACCUUUCAACUAUAACGAUAGCUAUGAAUAUUUCUUUCCCACUGAGAGUCCUGAAGAGUACUGCCAAGCUCUGCACAUGCCAUAUAUGGGCAUUUUCCUUCCUAUUCUGUAUACCACUGUGUUCCUGGUGGGAAUCGUCGGCAAUUCCAUCCUGAUGGGAGCCCUGGUCUUCAAAUUUAGAGUCCGCAGGCUGAUCGACACCUUUAUCCUCAACUUAGCUGCCUCUGACUUUGUUUUCCUCCUCACAUUGCCACUCUGGGUACACAAGGAGAUCUGGCUGGGGGUCUGGAGGUCAGGCUCCUUUCUCUGCAAAGGCAGUUCCUACAUCAUCUCAGUCAACAUGUAUUGCAGUAUCUUCCUCCUCACUUGCAUGAGUGCUGAUCGGUACCUGGCCAUCAUGUACCCCUCUGUAGCCAGGAAAGUCAGAACAAGAUUCUACACUAAUGGACUUUGCAUCUGUGUCUGGAUUCUCUCCUGCCUCCUAGGGCUUCCCACCCUUCUGUCCAGAGAACUCAGGCAAUAUAAUGGCCAGGCUUACUGCACAGAUGUGGAGCUCACACCUACUAAACGGUUUGUGUCACUGGUAACGUUAAUUCUGGCCUUCUUUUUCCCCUUGCUGAGCAUCUUGACCUUCUACUGCUCCAUCACCAAGAAGCUCUGCAUGCAUUACCAGAAAUCUGGGAAACAUGACAAAAAGCUGAGGAAAUCUAUCAAGAUUGUCUUCAUUGUAGUGGUUGCCUUUGUUUUCUCUUGGAUUCCCUACAACAUUUUCAAGCUUCUGGCUAUCAUCUCUGGGCUCCAGGACCCGAAGCCACCUUUCUGCCUUCCUUAUGUCCUUGCCCAGGUGGGCAUGGAAGUGAGCAGCCCCUUUGCAUUUGCCAACAGCUGUGCCAACCCUUUCAUCUACUACUGCUUCGAUGGCUAUAUCCGCAGGAACAUCUCACAGUGCCUGUGUCCAUGCGUGAAGGGCCACAGCACUGGGAGCAGUUCUGACACCCUGGACACUCGCAUCAGCUACUCCUUGUCCACUUUUAUUCAUGGGGAGGAUGCCAUUAGGAAACGGAGGCGCUCUCUGUCAUUCUGA